CUAAUAGCGCCCCUAAGAUGGAGAAUCUCUAGCAACCAAUCAAAUUUUAGGUUAUGAUGUACCCAAUCCUCCAAUCAGAUUAGGGACAAAACACUUCUUAAGAAUAUGUUUUUUAACAGUUGUCAGUCUGACAAAUGUCUUCGUCCGUUGUGGCGCCAAAAGGGCCAAAAGUGCCUCCAAUGUGCAUGAAGUGUAGUCUGAAUGUUUAUUUUCGCUUAAAAGUGUUUUUUAUCAAUCAGAAAUCGACGAAUUUAACUUCAGGAAGGUUCCCAAGAUGAGAGACCUCACCCACUAUUUUUCGGAUUCAUUUAAAACAUCUGAAACACCACCCGCCGAAUCGAAAGAGGUUAGCGUGAAAACUCCAACAGUUGCCGAAAUGAACCAAGUGAACACAAAGUCUAAAAAUACUAUUUCUGUGCCGAAGAAACGUGGCAGAAAAAAGAAAAUUGCUUCUCCUGAUUCGGAUAAUUCGAAGAAAACUAAAUGUGAUUUAGGUAUAGAGAAAAUCAAACCGUUGGCUAACGGAAGAAGGGAUAGCUGUAAAAAUGAAAUAUCCGAUGCUGAGGAUUCCCCCGAAAACAUUUCCAAAGAAAGUUUGAAUGAAAAUUCUUCUAAUAAUUCGAAUCUGAAAAAUGCUGAGUUGAAUGAACCUCUAAAGAAUGAGGAACAAUUGCCUGAUGGAGUGUCGAAGGAGAAAAAUGGUGUGUCGAUUGUUCAGGAUGAAGGAAAAGAAGAGAUUGUUCAGAAUGGAACAUCUGCUGAAGAUGUUGACAUCGACACUUCUGACCAAACUUCUGAGAAAGUGGAACCUGAAGCAGUCUCAGAAACCCAGGACGAUCAAAGGAAAAAGCGUAAGGCGAAGGUAAAGAUACUCGCAGAAAAAAAAGGAUACGCGAAACGCAAACUGAAGGAAGAGGAGGAGGCUGAAGAAAUGGAGAAGAAAUUGCAGGAACGGAAAAAUUCUUUUACUAACGUUCCAAAGAAGGACGAGAAUCAACCGGAAAUCGUUCACAAGCCUCCGGCGUACAGUUUAUUAAAUUAUUUUAGCAAGUCAACGCCAGAGCAAAGGCAAAAAGAGGAAGCAGCAAAGUGUAAAAUGUCCGUCAAGGUUGAGGUUCAUACACCAAAAGAAGUUACUCCAAAUUCUACACCAAAUACAACGCCAAAAUCACAGUCUUCAGCGAGUUCCCAAAGCAAGAAAAAAAGAGCUGAGCUCAAGAAAGUGCUCUCCAAAAUGGAUGAAAUUCAAGUCAUAAGUUCAGAAAGCGUGAGUGCGAGCGUGAACGUGAGCCCACCACCGGUUCUGCAAGAAAAAAAGAAACCAAACAAACCAAAAUGGCGAAUCCAGUUUCAUUCCGAAAGCUUUACAGAUUGCGGAAGUGACGGUGAGCCUUUUUCACCGAAAAGCACAUCAAAAAUGCAGAAAGAGAACAGAAAGUCAGCAGAGGUAGUGAACGGCAAUGCUGCAGUUGUAACUGGCAAAGAAAAUCCAAGCAAAUCGGAGAAUCCUAAAACAGAAGUUCCUAGACUGCAACGCAAAGAUAGAGCUGCAAAACAUAAGGCAAAGAUGAAAUUUCAAGAGAAAUCGGACACGGACGAAGAAUUUAUAGAAAAGGAAGUUGUCACAAAGAGAAAGAGAAAAGGAAAAUCGGAUGCUGAGGAAGAAUGUACAGAAGAUAAAGAUAAAAAGAAAGUCAGUCAAAAAGAAGCUAAGAAUAGUGACUCUAAAGUUGACGUGCAAGAAGAUUUAGAUAAUGAAGUCGUAAUUGUAGAAGAGACUCUUCCAAAGAGAUCAGCGCCUGAAAAAAUUGCACCACUUUUCAUUAAAAAAAGGAAACUAGACCCCGCAGUUCUAGAAGCCCGUAGGUUAUUUCUUCAGUCAGAUUUAUCCGAAAACGAAAACCGUCCCGCAAAACGAAAACCGAGUCCUGUUCGAAAUCCCGUAUUGCCCUUUCCACAAAUUAGUCACGUCACUCAGCUGGAUUCAGAUGAAAAUUCUGAAACCGGUGAAAUAAAAAUACAACUGAAAUCCCCCUGUAAGUUUUUUUCCUCGAAGGAUCUGAGUGAAUUUAAAAAAAUGACUAACAUAAAUGACUCUAUUUCGAAAAGAUGGCUAAAGAUCCUCGAUCCUGCAAAGUCUGCUGAUGUGGAAGAAGCUCUCAGUGAAAUCGAGUCAAAAUGCGAAGAUGCCAGGGCCAUGUGGAGAAGUAUUUCGCAAACCGCAAAACAUGAGAGUCCGAAGCCAUUGACACGGACUUCGAAGCGAAAAGGAGCUGCGAAGAAAAUCGCGAAGACUGAAGAAACGAAGAGCAUUGAUGAUUAUGAUAACGUCUGGAUUUUCAAGUAUAAGCCGAUGAGCACUCAGGAAAUUGUGGGGAACGAACAAGCUGCAGGGAAAUUAAAGACUUGGUUGGAUAAAUGGAAAACGCCUGUGAAGGAUGACAACAGUGACGAUGAUUUCUAUUCUUCUGACUGUUCCAGUAAUUACUCCACCAGUGAUUUUAAUCAAGUAGCUGUAUUGCUAGGUCCACAUGGCUGUGGAAAGACUGCGAGUGUCUAUGCAGUUGCAGAAGAACUCGGCUACAGCGUUUUGGAGAUAAACGCAUCUUCCAGACGGACGGGGAAAAGGAUUUUCAAGGAACUGGAGGAAGCUACCAAGUCGCACAGAAUCAAAAAGUCGGACAUGAAGCAGACAUUUUUGAAAGCGCAGACAGAGGAGAGGAAAAUUCCGCAGAACUCGUUGAUACUUAUGGAAGAUGUGGACAUUAUUUUUGAAGAAGAUGAAGGUUUUGUUUCAGCGGCUUUUCAACUUGCGUCUAAUACCAAACGUCCGAUAGUCAUGACAUGCAACGAAUCGUGUUCCCAUUUAAAUAAACUCGCACCUCAACAGCUACAUAUUCAGUUUCAAGCGACAACUGGCAAUCGAUCUUCGGUUUUAUUGGAAUUGAUAUCCUUGGCUGAGACUGGUCGAAAACUUUCGACGUCUUGUGUGGAAAACCUCCUUGAAAGCGGCGAUUUAAGAAAAGCUUUGCUCCAGCUUCAAUUCUUAUUAGCAACAGGGGAAACUCACGUUUUGCCGCCCAUAAAUGCCAACAAUCGUGUCGGGAUUUCCCUCUGGCGAAAAGCGUAUCAAUGCUUAUAUAAGCCAGCGGUCAAGAGCAGUAAAAAGCAGAAGAAAAAAGCAGCUUCUGAAGAUUCCGAUACCCGAGACGUGGACAUCCUGAAUCAAUUGGCUGAUGAUCUGGAAAGAGUUUCGCUAAUUUCCAAAUUAAUUGGCGUUGAUGAUGUCUCCUGGACCUGCCGAAACACGAAAACUGUGAUGAGCUUAUCGCUUUCCGAAGAUACGAGGCCGUACUCGUAUUCAGAAACUAUCAGUUCUGAGAUUGCUGAGUUUUUGACUUACGAGGUGAUACAAAAGAAGGAAGCUAGUGAUUCCGAACAGAUUAGUGAUCAAGUUUCCUCAAAGUUGAUGACGCGAAGAAAAGUGAAUGACGGUAUAAAUUCAUUUUUGUCACACAUUGUCUCGUCAACAACUGAUAAUCGAAUCAUUUCAGUAGAUUAUCUUCCGAGUGUUCGCACAAUUUGCAGGUCUGAAGAAACUCGAAUCUUCUCAAAUAACAAGAGAGGGAAUCGAUUUUUUCACUACCUUCAUGGAUCAAAAUUGCCGACAAACUCGUUAAAUAUUCUCUCUGCCGCAUGUAAAAUUAUGCAGGAGAAACCAGACAAAGUAUAGUAAUUUAAUUAAUUGGGACUGCACUUUUGCAAAAUGCUUUAUACAUUAUCAUGAUUAGAAGGAUGUGUCCUUUUUCUGCAAUAAUUUAACUUUUUAAUCAGUUUAGGUAAAAGUAUAUAGUGCCUUUUUAUGAAAGUAACGGAAGCGCUGAGUUAGUUUUGUAUACUCGUACUGGAAUAUUUGACAAGGUUUUUUUUUUUUUUAAUCGGUUUUAUGUGGCAUAUAAUAGAGAAACGAAGUGCCUCGACCACAUUAGAAUUUCUCGUUUUUUGUAAAUCUAUUUUAGUUCAUAAAAUGUAUAGAUGUACAGAAAGGCAAAUUAAUUUUUAAGCAAGUGAACAAAAAUGUUGUUUUGGUAUUCUAUGUACGAACUAGAUGAAUAAACGUAUACUGGGUUUUAUAAUUAAAAAUCAUUAUGUCCAUUUUCUUAGGCAAAGGGUUAGAUUUAAAAAUCAUUGUCAAGAUAAGAAAUUUAUUUGCUUCAUGGUGUAAAAUAUUUCACUAUAAUGUGGCUGGAGAAAUACAAAAUGAAUUUACUAUUGUAAAA